AUGUUGGUGUCAGAGUUGAUCGAUCAACAAACCAAGGAGUGGAACAGAGAAGCGGUACAGCGGCUUCUCCCCCAUGAAGCGGAGAAGAUUCUUAGCAUCAAACCGGGAAAGGGUUGCGCGCCAGACAAGAUUAUAUGGACCCUCACCAAAAGUGGAAUCUAUACUACAAAAACAGGGUAUCAUGCUGCGGAAACUCAAGCGACAGAGAUGCAAACCCCGACUGGAGGGCAGAACCUAUUCGACUGGAACAACACGGUUUGGAAAGCAGCAUGUUCCCCCAAAAUUCAGGUUUUUCUGUGGAAAGUCCUACAAGGAGCCCUUCCUCUUGGUGAAAACCUAGAGAAAAGAGGAAUGAGAGAAAACAUAGCUUGUGUCCACUGCGGCGACAAAGAAACUGCGCAUCACCUGUUUGUGUCUUGCUCCUUCGCGAGAAAACUCUGGGAACUUGCCCCCAUCAGCACACAUGCAAUCCCCUCCACCAAUACUAGUUUUGCAGACUGCCUAACCUCUUCAAAGAAGCUCAUAUGCCUGCCACCCUCGGGUAUUGUGGAAGCAAACCUUUUCACUUGGAUAAGCUGGGCGUUAUGGACAACUAGGAAUAAGAAGAUUUUUGAGAACAGAACAAUCUCCCCAGAGAAAACGUUGUCAAUAGCUAUUUCAGAAGCAAGAGAAUGGCAAGGAGCACAAAUUACUGAGAAAGGGCGAGAUAAAGAUAGCACUAUGGCCACUACAGGAUGUCUGCGACAACAACAAGUUGAAUCCAGCAUAAAGGUUUUCACCGAUGCUGCCUGGAAUGUCUCACACCGCGGUGCAGGGUUGGGUUGGGUAUUCUCUGAUACACAGAGAACGGCUUUCGCCCAUGGCACCAGAUUUGAAGAGUUUGUGGGAUCCCCAAUUAUGGCAGAAGCUCUAGCCAUUCGUCAAGCUCUAGUGGAGGCUCGCAACAUGGGCAUCAAUGAUCUACAGGUUAAUUCAGACUCUCAAGUUCUAAUCAGAGUCAUCAACAAGAAAGAACUAAUCAAGGAGCUUGUAGGAAUCCUCCAAGAUAUCUAUGAACUCGCUUGUUGUUUUUCUUCUAUCUGCUUUAUUUACAUUUCGCGUAAGGACAACUCUACUGCUGAUUCACUUGCAAAACAGGCUCUCUGUGCCUCCAUUUCAAGAUAA